AUGAAUGCUCCGGAGCACAAUGAGCAAGUUUUCUGCUGCAAACUCAAGACCAACGUCAUUUUCCUACUCACCGCCGGGACCAUUCUUCCACUUUUCAACCUCUUCGCCAUUAUUGAUCGGUACGCUAUUUUUUCGAGUCUACAAUAACAAAUGCACACAUUUCAGUGUUCGUCUCCCGAAAACCGCGCCCAAAGACGCAGAGCGUUACUUCCGGACCGAAUUCGUUUCGUUCAUUCUCAUCUCAAUCGUCAGUGGAUCGGUACGUGGAACUAAAUAAUCUGCGAAAAAACUUGCUGCCAUCUAAUCAGUUUCUCCUGGUCGUUUUCGGCUGUCAACUCGUCCAACUUCCUCGUCCACAACGUUUUUGGCUCAAACUUCUGGCCCCUUUCGUGGUGAGAAUUCUAUUGAGGAAUGGAUAAUAUCAGUUUUCUCUCAGGUCGUCUUUACUUUUCUCUGGUUCGCCUCAAAUAGUCUGAAGCUGGCCGAACAUGGUCUUAUUGGGACCGACGACAAGGAGAAAGCGGACGUGUUGAAGUAUUUCACAUGUAAGUACCGUAGCCCUCCUACCUCAAAACGUUUCUUUGUUAAGAUGGACUAAUUGGCCGAGAAAUCUUCUACUUUGGCUCCAUUCUCAGUCUAUUUUACCUCUCGGCGGUAAUGAUCAAAUCAAGGUUGGCUUUUCCCCUACUUUAUAACUUCACAACUUCUAAUCAUUUUUCAGCUACUUGUACACCCCACCUAAACCGGUCAUUUUAAGUUCCGUGCAAGUGAACCCGCCGAGAUCGAAGGAGGAGUUGAAAGAGCCUUCGGGACCCGAGAAUGUUCCAGAAGCGAAAAAAUCGGCUUCAAGUUCGGAGAGCUCCAACUCGGCGAAGAACUCCGUAAAACGGGAUGUUGUUAUGGCUUAUUGA